AUGAUGCGUCAGUGCCGUCGUCUUUUCAUGAUGGAGGGGGAACGGAAGUUUACCUUUCCAGGCACUCCCGCAUCGCAUUCUACCGGUGGUGUGCCAUUUUAUGGUAAUAUUUAUGCUGGUCGUGUGGACACGCAAAACUACAUACCGCCCAUGCAGGAGGGUUCGGGUCUUAUCAAACCAAAGUCUAGUCUCUGGGAUGAUCCACAAAUACGUGCUAAGAUGGAUCGUUGUCCAUACUUUGCUCUUUGCGAUCAGGUUCUGUGGCAUAACAUGGACCCUGCCUAUCUUGAUCCCGGGCUUCUCACUGCGGAGGAACAUCAACUACUGCUUCUUUUUAGUCGUGCUUACUACGAAAAAUGGAAAGCCAUACAUAUGCGUCCUCCCAAUACGCUUCCAAGAGUGCGUAUCAAGUACGGUGAUACUCACUUGCUGGAUGAAAUGCUGGAGUUGCUGGACGUCCCCGCAAAGGUGCGGCAAUCGCUUGUAAAGGAGUUUCAACUGGACGACGCGUCUUUGAUUGCCAUGAACCCGGAUUGCUGGGAGACGGCGUAUCUUGAUCCAUUUAAUAGGGACCACUUCUCUGGUCGUGUACUGGAAUUUGCUGGUAUGGACGAGCCUUUGCGUGAAAAGUUCUUUCUUCUCUUGCAGCAGAUGCGCCGUUUUGUUGUGGUACGAAAAGACACAUUGGAGGAGCAGCGGAUUGUACUUCCCUUCAGUUCAGGUAUCACAUUAUUUGAUCUUUACAAGCACUUAGGCCUUACCCCGUACAAUGGGCAACUGAAGAUGUAUGAUUACGUGGACUUACAGCAGACACAGCAUGUGCUCACUCUCGGGGACGAGGAAACUUACUUUGAUUUACUCGUGACAACUUUUUUUAAGGCAAACAUCCGCAAUGCAACAUUGAGUGACGUUGCAGACGAUACGGACUACACGGCGCGUUACACCAUCACUGUUGAGCCGUACAGUGUUCCAGAGAAGCGCAUUGGCCGUUGGUUUUGA